AUGACACCCCUGGAGGCGCAGAUCCGCGGGCUGGAACGAGAGCUGGCCCGAGCCAACAGCGAGCACGACGCACAGCGGGCCGCAGCUGACCAGAAGGCACAGGAGGCCGAGGCGCGUGAGGCAGAGCUACGGCAAGCUAAAGCAGCGCUUAAGCAGAAGGAUCAGGCGCUCGAGGCGAAGGAGGCCGAGCUCCAGCGCAAGGAGGCCGAGAUCCGGGGCAAGGAGGCUGAGCUCCAACGCGAGAAAACAGCCGUCACCACGCUCAUCGCGGCCCUUAAGGAGAAGGAUGCAUCCCUCGAGGAGAACGAGGUGGCCGUUCAGAAUGUAGAGGCCGCCCUCAAGGAUAAGGAGGCCUCCUUGUCCACGCUCCAGGAAGCCGCGCGGGCCCAGCUGGAGGAGGCACGAGGGUCCAUCGCGGAGCUGAAGAAAGUGGUGGCGGACGAGACCGCGGCGAAAGAAGCUGUCCACAUCACGCUCACGGCGGCACAGGCUGAGUACGCAGACCUGGAGCAGACCGCCAUGGCCGUGUGUCAGGAACUCGAGGGGGAGGGGGCCUUAUCUGGUAGCUCGGUGGCCAGCCGCCUGCUAUCGCUGGGCGGUCGGGUGGCCGAGCAUAUCAAAAGCACUUUCUGCCUCGGUGUUCAACGGGCCCUCGCCGUGGCCUCGACGAACUAUGACAUGGACCUCAAGCUGGUGUCGUCGGGGUACGUCGACGCACCCGACGUCGUUGGGGAUGCCGCAGCGGCCGCUAUGGACGAGGCCGACGCCGCCGUCGAGGACUUCGCCGCCGCCUUGGCCAAGAAGCUUGAGGACGACAUCCCCCCAUAG